CGCUUUCCUUCAAAGAGAUGCGCAGUAGAGACCUACGCAGGAUUCAAAAUGGCGGACAGCAUGGACAAAAUUAAAACGGCGCCUUCCAAAAAUAGAUAAAAUUUUCUAUUUCGUUUUGAUUGUAUAGCCUAUUAUCUAAACUAAGCUAUAGUUUAUAUAAUUACUUAUCCUCAAGUUAAAAAUGAAUAUCCUUGGAAGAUCUGUUAGAGUGGUUUUCAGUCAUCUUGUUCGUCGAAAGUCUCCGCUUCAAGCAGAGACUCGAGUUGCGGCGUCUCUUGUUCGAUACGUUCAUCGUCCUGUAGCACUGGCCCCAGCACCUCGACCAUCAGCUCCUACCAUUGAAGAACUUCCAGAAUACGAUACAUUUUCUCCAUCCGUUUGCCAAUUUAUUGCUGAAAGGAAACAUGAAAACCAAAAUUCUGGUGUCCUGUCUUGGGUUACCUCACUUAGAGAUGACAGUCCAGUAGGAAUUGUAGAAUUAAAUGACUUCGUCUUUGCUGAAAACCCUCGAAUUGAUAUUUUACAUAGAGUAGUAGUGUGGCAGAGAGCAAAGCGACGAGCUGGCACAGCUUGUGUAAAAGGACGAAGUGAGGUAAGGGGAGGUGGACGGAAGCCGUGGCCACAGAAAGGACUUGGCAAAGCAAGGCAAGGAAGUAUAAGAGCACCCCAAUUCAGAGGAGGUGGUGUUGUCCAUGGUCCUAAACCCAGAGAUUAUGAAUAUACCUUACCAAAGAAAGUCAGACGAAUGGGACUACGUGUUGCUCUGUCUGUUCGAUAUGCACAGGGUGAUCUUCACAUCGUAGAAUCUUUUGAUGACAUUGAACAAGAUAAGGAUUUGAUUCCCAUUUUGGAACACCAAGGAUGGACCUCGGCAGUUUUGGUCGAUGGUUUAAAAAACGCCACCCUUGCUGAUGCCGCAGAAGACUUGAGAAAAGUUGAUGUCUACCAUAGUGAAAACGUGAAUGUGUAUAGUAUUCUGCUGCGGCACAAAAUCAUUAUCUCCCUUGAUGGUGUCAGGAGGUUGGAAGAGAGACUCUGUGAAGACAAUCGUAUCUUACAAAACCAGUUUGGAUAGAAAUGUUGACAUUCUCUGAAAGUUACUCUAGACUUGUAAAUAAUAAAAGGAUUUGAAAUAGAAUAUCA